AUGUGCCCGUACUAUCAUGGGCGCACGGAACUCCGACGGCUGGAAAUGUGGACCUACGUGCUACUAUUGAUGAUCACGAAGUUAACAGACAAACCAGAAGCCAAGAGCUAUAGGUGUCAUGAUAAGGUAAGUCCACAAUGGCUAGGCCACGCCGAGGCAAUAUUGUAUGCCAUAGAAGAAAUAAAUAAAGACAAGUUGCUUCUCCCAAAUUUUACUCUCGGUUACGACAUACGGGACAUCUGCACGAGUGAAAUCAAUGCAGCGAGAUACGCAUACCAGUUUGCUACAGCAUCUACCAUGAACUGCAAAGAAGUGAGGUGCAUAUCAAAUCACAGUUGCUUUUGCAUCGUAAAUGGCAGCUCAGUCGACAAAGAGUGUUUAUUCAAGAACUACAGUACCACCUCUCCUGUUGUCGCAAUCGUUGGAAAAAUGUCAUCAGGUGUUGCAAUUCCAAUGGCAAAUUUCCUGCAAGCCGUCAGAAUACCUUUAAUGGGGACCUCAGCAACUAGUGAGGAACUCAGUAUGCCAGUAUAUAACAACAUCCUUCGAACUAUUCCAUCAGAUAUAAACCAGGCUAGAGUGUUUGCCGAUUUCAUUGAACGUUUUGGCUGGCGAUAUGUGGCAGCAGUAGCUACUGAUGAUUCUUACGGCCGCUAUGGAGUGAGAGCACUGGAGCGAGAAUCCAUCCAACGUAAAACGUUUUGCCUUGAGCUUUUCGGGUAUGCGCCUAUGUUAAAAUACAAAGACAAGCUCAAAGCGAUCGUUUCUUCUCUAAAGCUUCGUAAAACUGUUAAAGUGAUAAUAGUUUGGGCCCAUUCCAUUUUCGGAAGAAGUCUGUUAGUGGAGGGUGUCAAACAAGGCGUAGAAAACCGUAUUUGGAUGUUCAGCGAAGCAGUAGCAAUGCUCAGGCCGGAAUAUUUAUCAUCUAUUCACAAUCUUUCGUCAACUGGGAUUCAUGUUGGUUUUAAAGUGCGAAGUGAAGUCCCCGAGAGCUUCCUUCAGUAUCUUGAAAGCAAACUGGUUCGCAAUCGCUCUGAUGAAGAACAUUUUUGGUGGAAACAGUUCUGGAAAUCAGUGGCCAUGAAUAAGACAAGUUAUGACAACACUAUACCAAAACGGAACUUACUUCAUAGAGCUCAUGAUGAUUUUGUUAUUUAUAUUAUCGAUGCAAUAUACAGCAUUGCCCAUGCACUUGACCGAAUGCUCAGUGCGAAUGCAUCAUCAUCUUCAACAGGCAAGAACAUGUACCCAAAUAGCAACGAGACUGUACAAACUGGUAAAUUAAUUGAAUACCUGAAAAACGUCGAAUUCGAAGGCGUCACUGGAAAAGUCCAAUUUGAUUCAAGAGGUGAUCCACUAGAAGCCAUUUAUGACAUCGUGUACUUUAACAUAUCUAAGAUAAAAGAGAAUGAAAGAAUCACAAAGGAUGUCAUUGGACGGUCCGUUACGCUUUGUUGUUCGGCUCUGUUUCUGGAAACAAUGCAAAUUGUACACGCUUUCAAUAUCUCUCGCCAUAAAAACUGGGUGAAAGCAUUUGUUUGCAGCACCAAACGACAAGUGAUUGUGCUUCUAGCAAUAAUAAGUAUCGAAGUUUUUCUUGGGGCUGGUUGGAUUCUCUUGGAUCCUCCAUAUGCUCACGUGACUAUAGUCCCUAAACGCCACGUGCACAUCACGUGCGUGCCUUUCAGAGAUGUCCCUGGUAAGGUACUGGAGAGCCUUAUGCUUGUGUAUCUUUUGUUGGUGGCUGGAUGCUGCAUUUAUUAUGCUUAUCGUGCAAGAAAUCUUCCAGCUCAUUUCAACGAAGCCAAACACAUUAGCUUUUCUAUCUACAUCUUCCUGUUAUCCUGGAUAACCUAUUACCCUGUAGAUUAUGCAGCGGAGGGAUGGUACGUUGCUGUCCUAUCAGGAACUACUCUUCUUCUCAGUUCCUAUGGUCUUUUGUUUUGUAUAUUUGGACCAAAAAUUUACAUAAUUAUUUGGCAUCCAGAAAAAAAUACUGUUGAGUUUAUAAGGUCUGAGAUGCGUCAGAAUCACUUGACUCAAAAAAUAAAUAAUUGCAAUUCUGUGAAACCAAAUGAAACCGCGACCUGAAUACAGCAUUUUGCUGCAUGGUUGUGGGAAAGAGAGCAGUUGGUACUUGGAGACUACCAACCAUCAAAUAUUUGCCGUUUGAUGUCUACUUUUGCACUUUUGUUCCAUUGUAACACAGUCUGGUUGAAAGAGAAGUUGACAAUGAUUCCAGAUAUAUAAAAUGUAAUAGCAGUUUUGUUGAAGCAUGAAUCAGUGCAGGGCGAAAGGUAAAUGACACUCUCAGUUCCAAAUGAAAUCUUCCAAAUCUUAAAAACUCAAGUUAAAUUUGUAUAGGAAUUGCACGAUCUCGAGUACAAUUUGGAAUUUAUAGGAGUGAUGGUUUGAAAGUUUUCAAAAUUGGACGAGCCUUUUAAUAGAGGUCAAUGACGCCAUCGUGGAAACGUCCUAUUUGAGAACUUCCAAAAAAUCGCGAGUAUCGCGAUUAAUUCCGAAUUGUACGAGAAGAAUGUGCGAUUUUUUGUUUAUGAUACACUCAAAAAAUUUGUAGAGUGUAAUUUGUGUAAUUUUGUAGAGUGUAUUAUAAAAGUAAUAAUAGAGUGAAGGCAUUA